AUGGAGAUGGUCAAAAUUCUUGUCGAAUAUGGAGCUGAUGUUAAUUCUAGAGACAAAGAUAAUUAUACACCACUUUACUGGGCAUCUAAACUUUAUUUAACAUAUGGUACAUUUGAAAUGGUUAAAUACCUCAUCACUCAUGGAGCAAACGUAAAUGCCGAAAACAAUGAUAAAUGGACGCCACUCCAUGAGGCUGCUGAACAUGGAACAUUUGAAAUGUUUAGUUAUCUAGUUGAACAUGGAGCUAAUAUAAAUGCUACAACUAACAAAAAUGAUACUCCAUUGUCUUUGGCUGUUCAGAAUGGUAAAAUGCAGAUUGUCAAAUAUCUUGUCGAACAUGGAGCUGAUGUGAAUUCUAGAGAUGAAUAUAAUUAUACACCACUUCACUGGGUCUAUAGAGAAGAAUUGAGAUUGGUUGAGUUUUUAAUCACUCAUGGUGCACAGGUAAAUGCCGAAGAUAUCGAUAAAUGGACGCCACUCCAUAACGCCGCUCGAUAUGGCAAAUUUGAAAUUUUUAAAUAUUUAAUUGAACAUGGAGCAAAUAUGAAUGCUACAACUGUCGAAAAUGAAACUACAUUGUUUUUGGCUGCUGGCAAUGGUAACAUGCAGAUUGUCAAAUAUCUUGUCGAACACGGAGCUGAUGUGAAUUCUAGAACCAUCUAUAAUCAAACACCACUUUACUGGACAAUUAGAUAUGGCACAUAUGAAAUGUUUAAAUAUUUAAUUGAACAUGGAGCUAAUAUAAAUGAUACAAUUGUAUUCAACCAAACACCUUUGUUUUUGGCUGUUCAGAAUGGUAACAGGGAAAUUGUCAGAUAUCUUGUUGAACAUGGAGCUGAUGUGAAUUCUACAGAUAACAGUCAUGCUACACCCCUACACAUGGCAUCUCUACAUGGCUCAGCGGAAUUAGUUAAAUAUCUUAUCAACAAUGGUGCAAAUGUAAAUGCCACAACUGUUCAAAAUAUCACUCCAUUGUUUUAUGCUGUUCAGAAUG